AUGGCUCUCUCCGUCCGCUUUGCAGGUCGAACGAGCAGCUCCCUCUUCCGUCAGAUCGGGGCUGCUUCUGCCAGUCCUGCUAGGAAUUUCACCACUCGAGCCUCGACUCGAUUUCUCUAUGCCCGCAGCCCGGCUCCUGUUCGCAAGCAUGCUGGCUUGGUCCGGCUCCUCUCGAGCUCCUCCGUCAAGAAGAACCAGUCCCAGACCGCACCUAACGCCGAGGCAUACCUACAAAGCGGGGUGAUCAAGGGGGCUGCAAACCCAGUGGACGUUAAGAAGGUCCUGGUAAUUGGCAGUGGUGGUUUGAGCAUCGGACAAGCGGGAGAAUUUGAUUAUUCUGGUUCUCAAGCAUUGAAGGCCUUGAAAGAAGCUGGUGUUGCUUCCGUGCUCAUCAACCCAAACAUUGCUACCAUCCAAACCGCCCACGUACUCACCGAUGAAGUCUAUUACCUGCCAGUUACCCCGGAAUAUGUCACAUACGUUAUCGAGCGAGAGAGGCCUGAUGGGAUCUUCCUUACUUUCGGUGGCCAGACCGCCCUCAACUUGGGUGUGCAAAUGGAGCGUAUGGGGAUUUUUGAACGUUACGGUGUCAAGGUUUUGGGUACUAGCAUUAAGACCCUCGAGACCAGUGAAGACAGAGACCUUUUUGCCAAGGCUCUUGGGGAGAUCAAUAUACCAAUCGCUCAAUCAAUUGCUGUCAGUACCGUGGACGAGGCCUUGGAGGCUGCUAAGGGCAUUGGAUACCCGAUCAUUGUCCGAGCUGCCUAUGCUCUCGGAGGACUUGGUUCUGGAUUCGCAAACAACGAGGAAGAGCUCCGCAACAUGUCUGCCAGAUCUCUUACCCUGUCUCCCCAAAUCUUGGUUGAGAAAUCUUUGAAGGGCUGGAAAGAGGUUGAAUAUGAGGUCGUUCGAGAUGCUAGUAACAACUGCAUCACGGUCUGCAACAUGGAAAAUUUCGAUCCUCUUGGAAUCCACACUGGUGACUCUAUCGUCGUAGCUCCCAGUCAGACUUUGAGCGAUGAGGAAUAUCACAUGCUACGUUCUGCUGCUAUCAAGAUUGUUCGUCACUUGGGCGUCGUAGGAGAAUGCAAUGUCCAAUACGCUUUGCAACCAGAUGGACUUGACUACCGUGUCAUUGAAGUCAACGCUCGUCUUUCUCGCUCAUCUGCUCUUGCUUCUAAAGCCACCGGAUACCCCCUCGCCUAUACCGCCGCCAAGAUUGGUCUCGGACACACCCUCCCGGAACUGCCAAAUGCUGUGACCAAGACCACUACCGCAAACUUCGAGCCUUCUUUGGACUACGUUGUCACCAAGAUUCCCAGAUGGGAUCUUGCCAAGUUCCAACACGUCAAGCGUGAUAUUGGGAGUGCCAUGAAGUCUGUCGGAGAGGUUAUGGCUAUCGGACGUACCUUCGAAGAGUCUAUCCAAAAGGCCAUCCGCCAAGUUGACCCUCGUUUCGUAGGCUUUCAAGGCGACAAAUUUGACGACCUGGACUACGAGCUUGCGAACCCUACUGAUCGUCGCUGGUUGGCUGUUGGUCAAGCUAUGCUUCACGAGGGUUACACCGUUGACCGCAUUCAUGAUUUGAGCAAGAUCGACAAGUGGUUCUUGUACAAGCUCCGAAACAUUGUGGACUGUACCCACGAACUUGAGGACAUAGGAAGUCUCUUUGGUAUCAAGAAAGAGCUCAUGAUGAAGGCGAAGAAGAUGGGGUUCUCUGACCGACAAAUCGCCAACGCUGUUGGGUGCACCGAGGACGAAGUCCGUGCUCGUCGCAAGAACUUUGGGAUCACUCCCUUCGUCAAGAAGAUUGAUACCCUUGCCGCUGAGUUCCCCGCUGACACUAACUACCUUUACACCACCUACAACGCCACUACUCACGAUGUAACUUUCAAUGAUCACGGAAUCAUUAUCUUGGGCAGCGGAGUGUAUCGCAUUGGGUCCAGUGUUGAAUUCGAUUGGUGCACCACUUCGGCUACCCUCGCUCUCAGAGAAAUGGGCAAGAAGACUGUGAUGAUCAAUUACAACCCUGAAACUUACUCUACCGAUUUCGAUACCGCCGAUAAGCUCUACUUCGAGGAGCUCAGCUACGAGCGCGUGAUGGACAUAUAUGAGCUCGAGCACUCCACUGGUGUUGUGGUUUCUGUUGGUGGACAAUUACCACAGAACAUUGCUCUCCGUCUGCAAGAGGAUGGAGGUGCGAAGGUGCUUGGAACCGACCCCCGCGACAUCGACAGGGCGGAAGACAGACAGAAGUUCUCCGAGAUACUCGACAGCAUUGGGGUUGAUCAGCCUGCCUGGAAGGAGCUUACUUCCGUCGCUGAUGCCGAGAUUUUCGCUGAAGAGGUCAGCUAUCCAGUUUUGGUCCGCCCUUCGUACGUCCUUUCUGGUGCCGCUAUGACUGUCAUCCGCAGCAAGGACGAGCUCAAGGACAAGCUCGAGGCCGCUAGCAAUGUCUCGCCUGACCACCCGGUUGUCAUCUCAAAGUUCAUCGAAGGUGCAGAGGAGAUUGAUGUUGACGCUGUUGGUGCCAACGGCAAGCUCAUUGUUCAUGCUGUGAGCCAGCAUGUGGAAGAGGCUGGUGUCCACUCCGGAGACGCCACUCUGGUUCUCCCACCUGUCUCUCUGGAUCAAGGCACAAUGGAUCGUGUCAAGGAAAUUGCUGUCAAGGUUGCCAAGGCCUGGAGCAUCACUGGACCCUUCAACAUGCAGAUCAUCAAGGCUGCCGAUCCAGCUGGAGGUCCUCCCCAAUUGAAGGUCAUUGAAUGCAACUUGCGUGCAUCCCGUUCAUUCCCAUUCGUGAGCAAGGUCCUCGGGCUCAACUUCAUUGACGUCGCAACUAAAUCACUCGUUGGUGUCAACGUCCCAGAGCCUGUUGAUCUCAUGGCCAUCAAGCGUGACUACGUUGCCACCAAAGUACCUCAAUUCUCCUGGACCCGCCUCGCUGGAGCCGAUCCCUUCUUGGGCGUCGAAAUGUCCAGCACCGGUGAGAUCGCUUGCUUCGGAAAGGAUCUCGUCGAGGCCUACUGGGCAUCCCUGCAAUCUACCAUGAACUUCCGCAUGCCAGAGCCAGGAGAGGGUCUCCUCUUCGGUGGCGACGUCUCAAAGAGAUCUCUGGUAUCAAUCGUCGACUACAUCUCCCCUCUCGGAUACAAGCUCUACGCUGCCGAGCCUGAAGUCAAAGAAUUUCUGGAGUCGACAGCCAAGAACAAGGUCAAGGUCGAAGUCAUCGAGUUCCCCACCGAGGACAAGCGCGCUCUUAGAGAAGUAUUUCAGAAGUACGAUAUCCGCGGUGUCUUCAACUUGGCUGCAGCCCGUGGAAAGACUGUUCUUGAUGUCGAUUAUGUGAUGCGACGAAACGCCGUUGACUUCGGCGUUCCCCUUUUCAUGGAGCCUAAGACUGCCGAGCUCUUCGCUCGCUGCAUGAGCGAGAAGCUUCCCCGCCAGGAAGGAAUUCCAGGUGAGGUCCGCAGAUGGUCUGAUUUCAUAGGCGGCAAGCCUCUGUAA